AUGGACAAGAUGGUGAGCAAGAUCAAAAGUUUGGAGAAGAAGGUUUCUGGUUCUUCAAGCAAGAAGAAGAAGUCCAAGGCCCCCACAUUCCCUAGGAGUAGAUCACUCCUCACCACUCCAAGGAGGCUCCCUGCCCAAGAGCCUCACAGAGCCUCUUCAUUCGAGCCAAGGGAAGGAGAAGACAACUCGCAGAGAAGGAGGAAGAGCUCCAAGGCCAGACGCUCCAGCUCGACCACCGGACUCGAUCGAUUCGAGCUAGCCAGCUCCACCAAGGCCAAGGGAGCCACACCACUUCGAGAUGAAGAAGAGGAAGAAGAGGAGCCGCAAGCUCGAUCGAGUGAGGAACCCGUUGCAGUGGAGCUCCUGAUGGCCGUCUCCAUCUCCAGACCACGACCUUGCCUCCCAGUUCUUUGGGGGGCACUGAGGUCUUUUGGAGCAUUCUGGAGCAUAUGGGACGUGAGGAGCAUGGAAGGGACUUGGCAUGGACGCAGCUCAACUGGAUACGCAAAGGAAGAAGGAGGAAGCCAUCUUGAAGACCAGCUCGACCAUCUACUCGACCGGCCAAGCUUCAACUCGAUCGAGCUGGAAGUCAAAGCGAUUCUCCACAUGGAAGUGAUGGAAAUCGCUGGAAAAGGUCCACUAAGAGCUCCAAUAUCUCUUGCUCUAGAAAUGAGGAAGGAUAUCAAGAAGAAAUGCUAUAGCCGACCACAACCAUCAUACCUAUGGAGGUUUAAGGAAGGUUUCAAAGGAGGAUCAUACCCAAUCCCAAGGAACAAGGCGAGAACCACCUGGGAAUGA